AUGAGAUUCCUCUAUGUUACAGGUGUUCAGCAUUGGGACUCUCAUGAAGAGCAGGAUGUUGCGAAUGAGCUCUCAGUCCCCGAUGCUAUCGCGUAUAGCCAGACUAAAUUCGUCGCCGAAGCUGUCGUCAGGCGCGCGGUGCAGCGCAGCCCAUCCGAAACCAAUCAGUUCGUUGUUUUUAACCCGGGAUGGGUCAUUGGCACACCGACUGAGGGUUUUUCUAACCCCGAUGACUAUAUCUGGCGGCUAGCGGCGACGUGUAUCAACAUAGGGGCAUACAAUGCUGCUGAAGCGGACGGGUGGCUCUCCAUAUCAGAUGUCACAGCCACAGCCACAGCGAUUAUUGACACAGUGCUGAGCAAAGAAACCAAGAGAGUGAACGGGAAAGAGCCCGUGAAUGGCAUGACAUGGAGGGAGCUCUGGGGUAUUCUCGAGAGCCUAGAGUGGCUGGCUCUCAUUCGUGCUGAUAUUGAAGCUGCAAAGAAGAAACAUCCCCUAUGGCCGUUAGCACACAUGAUUACGGGAUUUCAGAACGAUGAGCGAAUGGUGGGUAGCUCGCGACAGAAGCGUGGUAGCACGCCGUUGCGAUUUAAAGAUGCUGUAAAAAGGAGCGCCGAGUUCCUUGUCAAAGCUGGCUUUUUACCCACGCCUUCAGAACAGGUUUAA